GGCCGGGAGGUGGACAGCGCGUGGUUCGUGGCCUGCCCAGGGGCGGCUGCCAUGGCUGCCCUGGAGGGGCCGGGGGCGUCUCGCAAGCGGCGGCCCAAAACGCAGUACGUGCAGGCGGCCAAGCGAGCCCGGGUGGGCGGGGCGCGCCAGUUGGAGGCGGGCAUGUGCGGCAUCCUCAUCACCUGCAACAUGAACGAGCGCAAGUGCGUGGCCGAAGCCUAUAGCUUGCUAGGCGAGUACGGGGAACAGCUGUACGGGCCCGAGCAGUUCCUAGAGCACGAUGACAGCAGAGGCUCGGGAAGCGAGGAGGAGGAGGAGGCAGAAGAGGAAGAUGAUGCUGAAGCUGCAAUGAAGAAGGAAGUUGAUCAGAUCCGGGCUUCGACAGAACAGAGGCUGAGGCGCUUCCAGUCAGUGGAGAGUGGGGCCAACAACGUUGUUUUCAUCCGGACACUGGGUGUAGAGCCUGAGAAGUUGGUGCAUCACAUCCUGAAGGAUAUGCACACCACCAAGAAGAAGAAAACCAGAGUGAUUCUGCGCAUGUUGCCUGUUUCCGGCACCUGCAAAGCCUUCCUGGAAGACAUGAAGCGUUACGCGGAGACCUUCUUUGAGCCGUGGUUUAAAGCUCCCCAGAAGGGUACUUUCCAGAUUGUGUACAAGGCUCGCAAUAACAGCCACCUGAGUCGGGAAGAGGUCAUUAAAGAGCUGGCAGGUGUGGUCGGCCACCUCAACCCAGAAAACAAAGUGGACCUGAGUAACCCCGAGUUCACUAUCGUGGUGGAAAUAAUCAAGAACAUCUGCUGCUUGAGUGUGGUGAAGGACUACGUUCUCUUCCGAAAGUACAACCUUCAGGAGGUGGUGAAGGGCAGCCAAGGGGAUGGGCAGCCCGGUGCCCCAAAGGCACCCCGAGAGGGCAGCGUGGAAGGGGCCGGCCUGACUGAGGAGAAGACGACGGAAGGCCCAGGCCCUCAAGUGGAGACAGCUGAGGGAAAGGUGGCUGACAAUCACAAGGACGGUGACCGUUAA